UUUCAGAGAAUUUAAAAAUGUCCUCCUCCAUGAAAAACAACAAUAGAAUAAACAAUUGAAAUAUAUUUUUUAUUUGCAGUGUAUUAACGUUUAAAUAAAAUCAUUUCCUAGUGAAUUAAAGUGAAAAGUGAAUUUGUAAAUUUAUUUUCCGUAAAAAUAAUUAGUAAAACAAUAAACUACGGAUAUAUAAAGUUUUCCUAACCUUUAAAAGUAUUUGAUGAAGUGAAUUGAAAUUUUUUUUUCUGAUUUUCGGGUUAUUUUUUAUAAUAACAAUAAUUAUUAUUAUUAUAUAAUAAAUACUACUAGAAUAUGGCAAAUUCAAAUUCUGUAUUUGUUCAUCCAGCUCAAAAUUAUUAUUUCGCUGAAGAUAAAUCUCUCAAAGAAACGGCAAUAAAUGUUGACACAAGUAAUAACGUUAAUAGUUCAGAUUUUUUACAAUGUUUUGUAUGCGAUUCACUAGUGCAAGGUAAACAUUAUACUCUCGCAUCAUGCAAAACUCAAAGUACAAGAACACGUGUUAUUGAAAAAUUAGGAGAACUUGUUGGAGAAAGAUAUAUGGUUGUCAUAUCAGAAAAUGAUAUAAUUUGUCGUAGUUGUGCGAAUUUAAUAAAUACAUUGGAUCGUUUAGAAAUGGAAAUGAAAACAGUUAAGGGAACUGUUUUACGUUAUUUGGAACGUAAAUAUUAUUUAGAAAAUGGAGAACUUGAGACAAAUGACACGUCAAUGAAAUCGAGUCAAUUAUUAAAUGUCACAGCGACUAAUGAAGAAAAUGAAAAGAAGAAAAAAAAAUCUUCCAUUAAUAUUACAAAUGAUUUAGUUAUGACAAAUAAAAAAUUAAUUUCCUGCGAUAAAUGUCGAUAUUCAACGAAUUAUCAAACAUUUAUGAUUCAUCAUCUUAGACAACAUAUAAAUCAAAAAAUUAAUUGCGAUAAAUGUGGAAUACAAUUUAUUGGCAAUAAUCAACAUAAUAAUUCACAUAGUUGUAAGAUAAAAACAAAAACAUUGAUUGACAAUGUUGAAGAAAAUUUGGAAAAUAAUAUGGUUGACAUAAAUAAUGUAAGUGGAGAAAAUAAUUCACUUCCUCUUCUAAUUCCAGAGGAUCAAAAUAUUGAAAUGAAAAAUGACGAAAAUAUAGGAGAAAAUUUGUCUGAUUUUACUAAUGUUCACAUGGAUAUGCACGAAAUAAAUGAACGAGAAUUAAAUAAAGAGGAACAAAGUACAAUUGAUAAUACAAAAAUUGUCACAAUGACUGAGCAAGAAGAUGGAGAACAAAUUGAAAAUAAUAUUACAUCAGUGAAACAAAUUUUAAAACUUAGAGACGAUGGAAGUUUAGAAAUGAUACAAAUGAAUUCAUAGAAUUAAAUUGUUGCACUCUUAGAAAAAAAAAAGAAAACUAAAUAAUAAGAUUUUAAUUCUAUUUUUCCUUUUUGGGAAAUUGUAAUAAAAUUUGUUUUCAAAUA